AUAUACAAAGCCACCCCCUUCUCAUAGACAGCAAAUAAGCGUUUGCAGCUGUCGGCCUUUCUCUCUCUCUCCUACCCCCACAACCCUUUUUCCCCCUCCUUUCAAUUAAACAACAACCUCCUCCAUUUCAAACAGCCCAUCAAAUAACAACAACAACAACAACAACAACGUCUCUGGACUCUCUGUCUAUCUCUCUCUCAAUGAUUCCUCUACUGUAGAUGAGGGAUGGAGGUAGAGGCACAACUAGAGGGGCAAGGGGUGAAAAGGAGGUGGCGGAGAAGACACAGCGCAGCCCAUUCCUUUUUAACUAUAUGAUCCACACAUCAAGAUUUCAUGCGUAAAUCAGAAUACCCAUCUAUCAUUUUCAUGAUUUAAACGCCAUGGCUUACCAGCAUUAUCGAUCACCCUUCGGUGACACCACGUUUACCAAAGUCUUUGUUGGGGGGCUAGCUUGGGAGACGCCCACCGAUGUAAUGAGAAGACAUUUCGAGCAGUUUGGAGAGAUUCUUGAAGCUGUUAUCAUCACCGAUAAGAAUACCGGAAAAUCCAAAGGAUACGGAUUCGUUACUUUUCGUGAUCCGGAAUCGGCAAGGAGAGCUUGUGUUGAUCCGAACCCUGUGAUAGAUGGGAGAAGAGCCAAUUGCAACAUUGCUUCAUUGGGACGCCCACGCCCUUCACCACCUCGAGGGAGAAAUCAAGGUGGCAAUCCCUAUCACGCAGGCGCAUCCCAGGGUGCAUCAUCCUUCAGCGGAGUUCCGGCACCACUGGCCCCUCCACCUCCACCGCCGCCACCACCACCUCCGCCUCCGGUCAUUUAUCCACCUUACGGGUACGCAACCUAUACACCUGAUUAUGGGUACCACCAACAGAGCCUGUAUAACCCACAACUUCAGCAACCAUACUAUCAUCAACUCUACGGAGCGUCAUCUUCUACUGUGGCUUCUCCGUAUUAUUACGGAUAUUCUUUACAAGCUUCCAGGGGAACAUUUUCAGGACCCCAGGCGCCCCGUGUUCAAGGACCCUCUUAUCUCUACUAUCCUACGCAAAUGGAGGGCUCCUUCCCCACCUAUCCUCCUCCUCCUGUUCCUCCAACCCUACAACCAACAUCAAGGCCUCCUUUUCCCUCUUCUACUGAUUCACAGACAAUACAGCAUUCCUCCACAGAAACAGAAGCUGGGGUCAGUCAUUCAGAAAGCCCAACCACCUAAGAGAACACCAUCAUAACCGUUGGUGGUUUGCUGAAAAGUUUCAAUUGUAUAAUCUUGACUGAAUUUAUGCCUCAUCAUCUCUCUCUAUAUUUCUUCCUUUCCACAACCAUUUAUAUAUAUAUUUUUUGGUCCAAAGCUGUAGCAUAUGGUGAGUACUGCUUCAGGUGACUGCUCUGAUCUCAACAGCUAUGGCAGGCAAAGAUGGCCUAAUCAACCGAUUUCUGCAGAUUUUUUUCCCUCUUUCUUCUUCUUUAUUUUUCACUUUCAUCCGAGUUUAUUUAUUCUUUUCAGUGUAAGAGCUUAACAUCUUUCACAAAUGUAAUGAACAGGAGGGAAGUGCAAUCCCUCAAUAAGGAAUUUGAUUAAUCACGCAGGUCUCUGAUGAUUUUUUA